AUGCGAGACGUCGCGUUCUCCUUCCGCACCAAGACUGGAAUCAAAAUGCAUGACAAAGGCAUGCUCGACGUUGACCUUGGUGGACGGGGUCUUUCCGUUUUGGUCACGCUCGUAUCCUCCCCAGCGGCAGACACGAGUUCAGUCUUCCGUGUUCACCAAGUCCGUGUCAAAGUUGGUUCGUUGAAGCUGCGGAUUCGGGACGCCAAGCAUGGGCUGUUGUACAAGACCCUGAAGCCACUUGCGACAAGAUUAAUCAAGAAACAGAUUCAAAAAGCGGUAGAGGACUUUGUUCGGACUGGGUUCGAAUAUGUGGACGGGCAGUUGGUGCGAGUCCGCCAGAAGGAUUUGAAGGACCUCAAUCUGGGCCGAACCAGUACCUCGAACAGCGCCCAAUCCAAGGGGAGCAAGAAGGAGAACACACGUGAUGCUGCUUCGACUAUAAGCCCCUCUGCCUCUGUCUCUGGUAGUGGCGGGUCGCAGUUCAAGGUAGUUGCGAGCAAGCGGGAGUCACUGCUGCCCGAUAGCGGUCAUCCUGCUGGUUGGGUAAACCGGGUCACGGAGCAGGAGAAAGAACGUCAGAUCAAAGAUGGUGGAGAGGAGGAAUGGCGGUCCGAUGCCUUCGAUAUUCAGAGCAACCCAGCUGUGCCAAAGCAAAAGUUGUGA